AUGUCGACUUCAGUGAACGUGAACGGCAUUGAGUUCCAGCCGAGGCUGCUCAUCAACGGCGAGUUCGUCGAAGCCUCCGACAAGGGCACCUUCAACGUCAUCAACCCGGCCACCGGCGAGAUCUCGUGCAAGGUCCCCGAAGCCACCGAAGACGACACCAACCGCGCCGCCGCUGCCGCAAAGGCCGCUCAACCAGCAUGGGCCGCCCUCGACCCUACCAAGCGCGGUGCCUACCUCAAGAAGCUCGCCGCCUUGCUCCGUGAGCACAAGUCGACUCUCGCCCACCUCGAGGCCAUCUCCAUGGGCGUGCCCGUCAGCCACUACAUCCACGCCGACAUGGGCGCCGACGAGCUCGACUACUUCUCCGAAGCGUGGCCGCAUAUCCAAGGCCAAUCCAGCGUCAACACGCCCGGCUACGUGGCCAUGACUUUCCGCCAGCCCUUCGGCGUUGUCGCUUGCAUCAUCCCCUGGAACGUGCCCGUCUACUUCUUCGCCGCCAAGGCCGCCGCCGCUUUGAUCACUGGCAACACCGUGGUCCUCAAGUCUUCCGAGAAGGCGCCCCUCGCCGUCGCCUACGCCGCGGAGCUGAUCACCAAAGCCGGUUUCCCGCCCGGCGUCUUCAACGUCCUCUCCGGCCACGGCCUCCCCUCCGGUCGCUGCCUCGCCCGCCACAUGGACGUGCGCGCCCUCUCCUUCACCGGCUCCUCCCGCACCGGCAAGCUGAUCCAGGAGGAAGCGGCCAAGACCAACCUCAAGAGCGUCACACUCGAACUAGGCGGCAAGUCCCCCGCCAUCGUCUUCGACGACGCCAACAUCGAGCAAGCGCUGUCAGCAACCAUGAUGUCCAUCCUCGUCAACUCCGGCCAAGUCUGCAUGGCCAACUCGCGCGUAUACGUCCAGAAGAGCGUAGCGCCCAAGUUCAUCGAGGCCUUCACCCAGCGGAUGGCGGCCGUUCGCGGCGGUAACCCCCUAGACCCGCAAACGCAAAUGGGUCCCCAAGCGGACGAGGUCCAGUACAAGAACAUUAUGUCCUACAUCGAAGAAGGCAAGAAGAACGGCACGCUGGCCGUGGGCGGCAACGGCAAGUUGGACGAGACAAAGGGGUACUUUGUCGAGCCGACGGUGUUCCUUAACACGCCUGAGGACGCCAAGAUCAUGAAGGAGGAGAUCUUCGGUCCGGUGCUGAACAUCAAUACGUUUGAGACCGAGGAGGAGGUGAUUGCCAAGGCGAACGAUACCGAGUUUGGACUGUACGCGGCCGUGUUUACGAAUGAUAUUAGUAGGGCGAUGAGGAUGGCGAAGGCGCUGGAGAGCGGGUAUGUCAGUAUUAAUUGCUCGAGUCCCACGAUGGGGAGGGAUUUGCCGUUUGGUGGGUAUAAGGGCAGUGGGCAGGGGCGCGAGGGGAGGUUGUACAGUAUGGAUCACUUUUUGGAGGUUAAGAGUGUUAUUAUAAAGUUGGAUGAGGCCAAGUUGUAG